AUGUCUCAACCCGCGAGCAGCCUCUCCGCAGAGGAGCGCCUCAAGGCCCGCAAGCCCGUGCCGAAGCCCGUCCCGGCCUAUCUCCCCACCGCCGGCUCCCCCCUGAGCGUCGACAAGAACCUCUACGAGGCCAUCCAGCAGGCCCCGAGGGUUCUCGUCGAGGAAUUCACCGUUCCAAUUCGAUCAGGCAGGGCGUGGGAGGCACCGGCAGGAUCGAUUGUGAGCAUCAGCACGCCCGAGGGGCCUCAGGUUGCACAACACGACAUACUUGUCAAACUCAAUGAAAACACCCAAGCUAACAUGAUGGGGGGAAAAGGCGACCUCAACAUCUGGAACCGCCACAACCCCCGUGAACGCUUCUGGGCUUCCCGCACUCGCCAGCUUCACUCCACCCACGUGUCCUCCCACGACCGCCUCUGGUCCAACCUCCCCUACAUGCGGCCCCUCGUCACCAUCAUCUCCGACAGCCUCUCGUGGUACGGCCACGACGGAAACGGCGGCCGCGUCCACGACCUGCUGGGCACGCGCUGCGACCCGUACAUCAACACCGUGCUGUCCGGCUCGCAGUACGACUUCCACUGCCACUCGAACCUGAGCCGCGCCGUGGCCAAGUGGGGGCUGCGAGAGGAGGACGUCCACGACGUGCUGAACUUGUUCCAGGUCACUGGGCUGGAUGAAGAGGGCCGUUAUUUCAUGAGCCCGUGUCCGGCCGAGCGAGGUGACUCGAUCGAGUUCCUAGCCGAGCAGGAUGUCCUCAUGGCCCUGAGCACCUGUCCCGGCGGCGAUCUCUCCCUCUGGGGCUUUGGAAGCGACAGCGAAAAGGAAAUGAUCAAGGUUUGCCGUCCCCUGCACGUCAAGGUCUUCCAGCUGCAGGACAAGGAGCUCCUCUCAAGGAGCGGCUGGAAGCCUGCCGAGACGGCCGGAUACGAGGGAAUGCACGGGGUCUUUUCUCCCGAGGGGGAACCAAGUCAGCGAAAGUAG